CCUCAGGCUCUCGAGCGCUUUGGGGGGUGCUGCGUUGUCCUGAGCCCUUCCGGCUGCUUCCCCUCGCUUCUUGGCUGCCUGGGUCGGAAUGGACGAGGACAACCUGGAGACUGCCCUGCAGACGUACCGGGCCCAGCUUCACCAGGUGGAGCUGGCGCUUGGCGCUGGCCUGGACGCUUCCGAGCAGGCGGACCUUCGCCAGCUGCAGGGCGAUCUGAAAGAAUUGAUUGACCUCACCGAGGCCAGCCUGGUGUCGGUCAGAAAGAGCAAGCUGCUGUCUACUGCGGACCAGGAGCGCCCAGCUCUGGAGGAUGCUGAGUACCUGGCUUUCCAGAAGGCUAUAGCAGAGGAAGUGGAAGCGCCUGUCGCUCCCGGGAAUGACCCGGAGACGGUCCCUGGGAGCGAGGUGCCGCCGGGACCCACCUCCUCUGCACAGGAGGAAGAUGAGGAGGACCCAGAUCUGGAGGAGCUGAGUGGUGCUAAAGUGAAUGCCCCCUACUACAGCGCCUGGGGCACGUUGGAGUAUCACAACGCCAUGGUUGUGGGCGCUGAGGAAGCAGAAGAUGGUUCGGCGUGCGUUCGGGUACUCUACCUGUACCCCACCCACAAGUCCCUGAAGCCUUGCCCGUUCUUCUUAGAGGGAAAAUGCCGCUUCAAGGAGAACUGCAGGUUCUCCCACGGUCAGCUGGUCUCUGUGGAUGAGCUGCGCCCAUUCCAGGAUCCAGACUUGAGCUUACUGCAGGCUGGCUCUGCGUGUCUGGCCAAGCACCAGGACGGCCUUUGGCACCCAGCGCGGAUCACCGAUGUGGACAACGGCCGCUACACUGUCAAGUUUGACUCACUCCUGCUGAAGGAGACUGUGCUGGAGGGGGACAGCAUCCUGCCUCCUCUGCGCACUGAGACGACAGAGUCGUCCGACUCAGACAGUGGUGACGCAAGUGACUCCAUCUAUGCCAGAGUGGUGGAACCAAACACAGUGGACACUGGGACCUGCAGUUCUGCCUUUGCUGGCUGGGAGGUACACACACGGGGCAUUGGCUCCAAACUCCUCGUCAAGAUGGGCUAUGAGUUUGGCAAGGGUUUGGGCCGGCAUGCAGAAGGCCGGGUGGAGCCCAUCCAUGCCGUAGUGUUGCCCAGAGGGAAAUCACUGGACCAGUGCACAGAGAUACUACAGAAGAAGACAAAGGGAGGCCAGGCUGGGGCAAAUAGGCCUGCAAGAUGUCGGAGGACCCGAGGUAGUAGACCAGAGAACCGCCAACCACGUCGGAAUGUGUUUGACUUUCUGAAUGAAAAACUGCAAAGCCAGUCUCCUGGGACCCCAGAUGCUGGCGUGGACACCCCAGGGAGAAGGAACAAAGACAUGUAUCAUGCCAGCAAGAGUGCCAAGCAGGCUAUUACCCUGCAGCUCUUCCAGACCGAGGAGAAGAUUGAGCGGACCCAGCGGGACAUCCGGGGCAUCCAGGAGGCCCUAACCCGGAAUGCUGGCCGGCACAGUAUGGCGACAGCCCAUCUACAGGAGAAGCUGGAGGGAGCCCAACGGCAGCUGGGUCAGCUCCGUGCUCAGGAGGCCGGCCUACAGAGGGAACAGCGGAAGGCAGACACUCACAGAAAGAUGACAGAGUUCUAGCAGCCCUCCUGUAUUGUGGACAGAGCCCUGGGACCCAACUCCCAACGACCUUGGCAGAACGACACCCAAACAGCACCUGGAAGAGGAGCCA